AUGACGGAGCUCAUCCGUGAUACAGCCUUCGGGCAUCUCGUCCGCCUCGUAUCACGAGGCAAAUAUUUGAAGUACCAGGAAGAGGCGGAUCCUUCGAUAUGGACUCGCUACAUCGACGAGAAGAAAUCCGGGCACCUUGCGCAUCACGGAGACACCAACCCACCGGAAGAUGGCACCAACAUGGAGGGCAUUGGUGGAGUACGGACAAGAGACGAUCAGUUCAGGUCAAACUCAGACAGCUCGUCUGGGACGAUGGUCGACAAGGAAGGAAACGAGGGAGUCAACAAAGCAAGUGGAAUGAAGUACGGCCCCGACGACCCAGAGAACCCUAUCAACUGGUCGACGUUCAAGAAAGUAGUCGUCACUGCUGAACUAUGCCUCCUGACCACCUCGGUGUACAUCGGGUCCUCCAUCUACUCCGCUGGAGAAGAGAAUAUCAUGGCCAUAUUCGGCGUAUCACGAGUUGCUGCAACUCUCGGUCUGACAUUGUUCGUCGCUGGCUACGGUUUGGGACCCAUGCUGUGGAGUCCCAUGAGUGAGAUUCCGCAGAUUGGACGCAAUCCGAUCUACCAGGGUACGCUUCUCGUAUUUGUUGCCUUCCAAACACCAACAGCGCUCGCAUCGAACUUCGGCAUGCUCCUGGCCUUCCGAUUCUUGACCGGGUUCUUCGGUUCACCGGUACUGGCUACUGGUGGCGCAUCCCUGGCCGACAUCUACGGUCCGCAGAAACGAGCAUACGCCAUGGGCAUCUGGGGUAUUGCAGCAGUAUGCGGACCAACUUUAGGACCGCUCAUCGGUGGCUUUGCCGUCCAACUCGCCCCCGUGGGCUUCGGCGGCUUUACAGCGCCGUGGACCUGGCCGAUCUGGGAACUCAUGUGGCUUUCGGCCUUCUGCUUUGUGUUCCUGUUCUUCUUCAUGCCCGAGAUGUCCGCAAACAACAUCCUGUUCCGCCGCACGAAGCGCCUGCGCAAGAUCACUGGCGACGACAAGCUCACCUGCGAGCCGGAACCCCAGGCCGCGCAGAUGAAGCCCAAGGAUAUCAUUAUGAUGUCCCUCGUCAAGCCCAUCACGCUCAACUUCACCGAACCCAUGGUCUUCCUGCUCAACCUCUACAUUGCGCUCAUCUACAGCUUGCUAUACAUCUGGUUCGAGUCCUUCGUCACCGUCUUCAUCGGGAUCUACGGCUUUACCCUCGGCGAGGAAGGCUUGGCCUACCUCGGAAUCCUCGUCGGCGCAUUCGCCGUCAUCCCGCCAUUCUUCCUGUACCUGCACUACAAACUCGAGCCGAAAUUCGACGAGAACGGCAACCUUGAGCCAGAGCAGCGCCUGAAACCAGCAUUCGUCGGGGCAUUCUGCAUACCUAUCUGCCUCUUCUGGUUCGGCUGGACUUCCCGAGAGAGCGUCCAUUGGAUCGUACCCAUCAUCGGUACAUCCUUCUUCUCGAUCGGCACCUUCCUGCUCUUCAACAGCGUCUUGAACUACCUGCCGGAUGCCUACCCUGCGGAGGCUGCCUCUGUGCUCGCCGGCAACGACUUCAUGCGGUCGAGCUUCGGCGCGGGCUUCCCGCUCUUCGCUAGCGCUAUGUACGGCAAUCUAGGCGUGAACUGGGCUUCCAGUACGCUUGCGUUCCUGUCGAUAGCGUUCAUUCCUAUUCCUCUCAUACUUUACAAGUAUGGCGCGACGUUACGCAAGAAUCACAGCAAACAUGCCCGCAAGGACAUCUGA